AUGAUUCAUUCACAUCCCUUUGGUCGCUCUUGUCCUGCUAAUCCAAGGCAUAAAAUUAAACUGCCAUCCAUCGUAUCUCGUUUGGAUAAUCCUAUGAUGGUACCCAUAGAUCCACAUGAUGAAUCUGUAUAUACACUUAUUCAACAUUCUCUCGCUCCUACUCGCUCGUCUAAACAAUUGUAUCGUUCAAGUUUUGCUGAUUCAGUGCGUGCUCAACUUAAAGCUGCACGUCAACCAUCUAAGCUUGUACUAACUUCUCGGUCUAGUACAGCUGUUUUGGAUGCAAAGGUUACUCAUCCUAGUCGUGGAUAUUCCUCAAAACGACUGCCUCCAAUACUCGCGUCUGCUAAACUACACGAGCGCGAUGUGUCUGCAUCACGUCGCAACGGAACAAGUGAUCAAGGUGUAAUGAGUACUACUGGCGGUUUACAGCCGCAUUCACCACUAAAAAAACAUGGCUCAUCACAACCGUCAUUGUGUCCCUUGGUGAACAAAAAAAUCCCACCUUCUACCAUACACCAUAGAUAUGAAAUUGAACGACCUUGUUCAUCUAAUCCAUCAAGAAAAUUAAUACACGACAAGGUUGCACCUGCAGCAGAAGGAAUACCUCGAUACAACUCUGGCAAAAAAUCUGCCAUUGAUAAUACAACUGUAUCUUUUAUAGAUCCACAUCACCCACCACCAAAACAUGGCAACAACUCCACAAAUCAUCAUUUCGCUGCUUCACUGUCCCAACCAGAUAAAAUAGACAACAGUGUACGUGCUAUGAGUGAUCAGGAGAAAAUGGGAAUCAUCAAAGGUUUAAAGGUAAAUUUAAGCAAGGCCAUGGCGCAAUAUGGAAAACUUCCAAUUACUCAUGAAACACCACAACGAUUACAGCGGAAAAGAGCACUAGAACAAACAAUAUUUGAAUUGGAAAGAGACAUUGAGAUGAUCAGUAAUGGACAACAUAUCCUGAUUGAGCAAUAG